AACGAUUGAUGAACGAUUUAAAGAUCAAAAGCAAAGUUUAAAUAAUUAAAUACCUUAUUAUGCAAUAAUAGGAAUAUCCAUUAUUGAAUACAGGUUUUUAAAAUUAAUUUUCAUAGAUAUCCCAAACAAGAGAAACCACAAUUCUUACGAAAGACAAAAGUGACUCAAACAUCUAUCGUUUAUUAAAUCCCGCCACACCUGUCCUUUCAAGGAUAGCCCAGUUUCUCCAAAGUCGCAAAGGAACAUCGAAAACAAGAUUAACCAAGAUUUUGGAAGUUUGAUACGACUACAUGUAUUACUUCGUCAAUAAUCCUGGGCGAGAGGCAAUCGUGUCCAAUCACUAGAGUGGGUCGCAUGACGUAUAAAAGAGCUGGAUUGUGCCGCGAUUACAGUAGAAUUGAACGCGUUUCUGUGAACCAACAUACCUGUAACUGCGUCUGAAACAAUCUAUCCAUCCGAAAUGUGUACAAUUUAAAUUUAACUUUAAAAUUUUGGAAAAAGAUUAAAGCAUAAAGGUGUUGUGACGAAGAAAAAUGAGAAUCUUCAGAAGAGAAUGGUACACAGUUCACGCAGUAUUCUGCGUGCAUUUCACAGUUACGAUUGCUCGAGCCGACAAUCUACAUCCUGAUAAUUGGGAAACAGGCGAGAAAGGGAUCGAGACGAGACAAGCUUUCAUAGAAAUAGUUGAUGAUGAGCCAUCCGUUGAAAUGAGCUUUCAGAAGAAACUGAUCCCCAUAAAGGAACCUCGCAAGAAUCUUCGAAUAUUUGCACUCCCUUUGGAACCGGAUGCUGAAAUGUUGCCACUCCAUUAUACGAGUGUCAAACCUCCUGGAGUCGAUCAUAUGGAACUGAAAUACGCCGAAUCCCAAGUUUCUCAAGUUGUACCUAAAGUCGAAAAGGCUGAUGAUAAUCGACAAGUGGCCAAGAAAUCGAAAAAAGAGGGUAACGAAGAAGGAUAUCGUGAAGUAUCUUCGUUUGAAAAGGGUCAGAAAGGGGACAGUUCGAGGAAGAAGAAGAGGACUGAGUACGUUGAAACUGGUGGAAAGAGAAAUGUUCAGCAUAAUCGAGGAAGGAAUUCGGGGCAAAAAAUAAAACGGACUAAAGGUAAGAAAGGAGGUAAUUAUCGGGUGGGAAACAACGAUCACGUGAAUCGUAAAGCAAUUGGUUACUUAAACGUUUAUCACAAAGACGAAUACAAGAGAGAUCAUGAUUUUUACGGGAACGAUGAUCAGGGAGGUCAUUCGAAGAAACAUGGACGAUAUAACGAGAAGCACGUCGCCAUCGAGGGUAGAUACAGGAAGGGUGGUGCUCACGAUUCUGAUGACGUCAAUGAAGCGAAACAUCAGAAGCAGGGGAACUCCCAGGCGAGUGGUGAAACCAGAGAUCAUGAGAUCCAUCAUGGAUAGAUUCUUUAAAAACUUCCAAGGACUCAGGGAGCAGAGAAAUAAAAAUGGCAGUAAAAAUUUUGGCUUCGAUCAGAUGAAAAUGUGUUAAUUCUUAUGUAAGUAAUUCGGCAAUAUGUCUGCAAAGAUAAUGUAUAUUGUGUAUUUAUUGUAAUAAAUUAGAAUUAUUUUUUAAUCGAUUCUUGUUCCAUGAACACGCAUUUUUUAUUUAUUAUUUCGUUUAGGCAACAUUUGAUGUCAUGUAAUUUUUUAAGCAGCUGAUUAAAAAAAAAUGUGCAUUAAUUAAAAAGGUUAAGUAUUGUAGUAAAGGGUAAUAUUAUUCUAGAAAUUUUUAUUCCAGAAAUUAAUAUCAGUAUAAAUGUAAUAUAAAUGUUGAUGCAUUUAAUAUAUAUAAAAUAUUCCUCUCGUUUUGUGUUUUAUAUUUCAUAUUUCGAUGAUUAUUUUAAAUUGUUCAGAAAUAUGUUUCCAGCAAUACGCACUUGAUGAAUAUAUUUUAUUCCAUAUAUUUUGUUAAUUUUUCCAUUUUCUGUAUCACAUUUUAUUCACGACACUUAAAACCAGACGGAUGACAUUUAUUUUUUACAACAAUGUGCAAUGUCAAAUUAAAAAUCAAGUUUUCUCGUAAUUUUAUUUCCGUUUCUUCUCGUUCGAUACAAAUUUUCUCAUUUUAUUUACCAAUAUCGAGAAACAAAUUCUUCAAACUUUUCCAUUUCUUCUCAUAAUUAAUCACGUAUACAUACUUAUUCAAAAUCAUUUAUUACAAUCCCUGUAUCACACACAAAACAGUCAACAACCCCAUCUAAUAUCCAUAUCACCGUCCAAUCAAUAUCCCAUCAACCACACAUCCUUCAAAAAACUCUUGAAAGGCAAGGGGGGGGGCAAAGAUUCAUCGUUAAAAAUUCCCAAUAACAAAAGCCUGGAUACAAAUCGGUACGACAAUUCCACAGAUAUCAAUUUUCUUUCGUUAAACAACAUGUACUUCGUUGUCAAAGGAAAAAUCAAUUCUCUGGUCUACAUCUCGUUUAUAUUCGCCAACCCUGUGUUUUCGUUCAUUUUUCUGCGCCCCCUGCUCGAGUCACGAACCUUUUCAUCGUGGUCCAGAAUUUUCUCAUUUCGAGUGUCAUCGAUUCGACAAGGAGAAGCGUGGAUCCCAAAAAUAUACUCUCGUAUUUUUGCCUGCAGUUCAUCAGAAACGGUAUUGUUCCGUUACUUUUUUCCUUUUUUUUUUUUUUUUCCUUUCCCUUGCCGCUUUUAUUUAUACGAUGGGCAACCGAUAAUUCGACCGUGCACGGGAUCGUUUCGCGCGUCAGCAAGCGAAGCCUCCGCUUGAUUAAUGGAUAUUAAUAAUGCUCGGCAUUGUUGCGCCGAUAAAUUGCAAUCUUUCAGCGUAUCGGGUGAAAUGAGAAUAAAAGACGGUAAUUGAUGCAAACACGUCUGCCCGCUUUGUAACGUACGUGUUCCUCUCGUUAUACCCUUAUUCGAGCACGACGGUGCAUAGCCUUCGUGUAUUCGCCUCUAGAAUAGAUAGAAAAAUUUAUCUUCUUCCAGCAUGUGUGCUUUUAUUUAUAGUACGGUGAACGCUUAAUGGAUAUUUGUUGAAAAUAUAGUCGAAUAAA